CAAUUUUGCCCCUAAUAAACAAUAUUUGAACUGCUACUAGUAUAUUCCCAUGGGCUAAUACCAUAGUGUGGAAUGGCUCUGCUCCGAUUCAUCUCCAUCAACACUCGCCAUCAUCAUCAUCAUCAUCAAUUCCAGAUUCUGCAGAAAUCCCUUACAUUCUCUUCUUCUUCUUCACAAACCCAUCAACCUUACAACACAAUUUCUCUCUCCUUCACUCACAACUUCCUCACUCUUCGCUCUUCUUCUUCUUCUUCUUCUUCUUCUUCUUCUUCUUCAUCUUCAAUGGAGUCUCCUCCCGAGGGUUACCGAAGAAAUGUCGGUAUUUGUCUCAUCAACCCCUCUAAAAAGAUUUUUUCUGCUUCUAGGCUAGAUAUACCUGAUUCUUGGCAAAUGCCUCAGGGUGGUAUAGAUGAAGGUGAAGAUCCCCGAAAUGCAGCUAUCAGGGAGCUUAGGGAAGAGACUGGAGUAACUUCAGUGGAAGUCCUUGGAGAGGUUCCCUAUUGGCUGACUUAUGAUUUCCCUCCAGAUGUAAGGGAGAAACUCAGGCAUCGAUGGGGAUCAGACUGGAAGGGUCAAGCCCAAAAGUGGUUUCUAAUGAAGUUGCUGGGAAAUGAGGAUGAAAUCAAUCUCUUGGGCGAUGGCACCGAGAAGGCUGAAUUUGGAAUGUGGGCAUGGAUGACACCCGAGGAAGUAGUGGAGCAUGCUGUGGACUUUAAAAAGUCUGUCUAUGAAGAAGUCUUGAAAGCUUUUGCACCUCAUCUUCAGUGACAAUUCUCAAGUCGUCUUCAUUCCUGCGGCUUCUUCUCAUUAGAUAACAUCAAUUUGUGACAAUGUCAGCAACGUAUUAAUAUGUUUUGUAUACUUCUAUGAAAGUUUUUAUCAGCUUGUAUUUUCGGACGAUUUACCAAAUUAAGCUUAAUUCACAAACAAUUUUGUAAAGUAGACGCGUGACAAAACUAUUUACCAAAUUAAGCUUUCAGGGUAAAACGCUGUUCGUUUUAUACCCUGGUUUUUUAAGAAAAAAAAAAUCAAUUUGUAAAACACUGUCUG